GGAAGAAGCGGAACAUUUUCUGAGAAGCGUGUUUGUCAGUUUGCUGUGUCGGCUAGAGUCGCCCUUUGGCUCAUUUGGGGUGGACCGCGUUCACAAGGAGGCCGUUCCUGCGCUCGCUGAGGCAAUUGGCUGUCCAUGCACCCACCACUGACACUGUGUAUCAUGCAAUUUGAUUAGAGGAGGAGAAUACACACACACACACACACAUUAUCUCUCUCUCUCUCUCACUCACUCACGCGCACACAAACUCCAGCCAACGGGAUGUCGCGCGUGCACCGGAACCCGAUUGCCAAUCGCGUUGCCAAUCAUCUCCACGGCUGAAGAUUAACGAGGUUAUCCUUUCACCGGUGCGGGGGUCGUCCUAUGCAGUGUGGUGGAGCGCGUCGGCCUCUGUUUUGCUUAUGUGUGUGAGGGAUUGAGUAAGAGAGAGAGAGAGAAAGAAACAAACAAAGAAAGAGAGAGAGAGAGAGAGAGAGAGAGAGAGAGAGAGACUACAUCGUGGCGGAGAGGAAGCAACUAUUCCAGCUGCUGCGUUGGACCAGCGUAACCUGAAUCAUGACGGAAAAACGGAUGUCUCGCUGGUAUUUCGGGGGUCUCGCCUCGUGCGGGGCUGCCUGCUGCACGCACCCGCUGGAUCUGGUAAAGGUGCACCUGCAGACACAACAGGAGGUGAAGAUGAAGAUGGUCGGCAUGGCGAUGCACGUGGUGAAGAACGACGGUUUCUUGGCCCUCUACAACGGACUCAGUGCCUCCCUGUGCAGACAAAUGUCGUACUCUCUGACGCGGUUUGCCAUCUAUGAGACGGUGAGGGACAUGAUUGGCAGUGGCUCUCAGGGUCCCAUGCCAUUCUACCAGAAGGUCCUGCUGGGAGCCUUCGGAGGCUUUACUGGAGGCUUCAUUGGGACUCCUGCUGAUAUGGUGAAUGUGAGAAUGCAGAAUGAUGUGAAGCUUCCUCCAGAGCUGAGGAGAAACUAUAAACAUGCACUAGAUGGACUUUACAGGGUGUUCAGGGAAGAGGGUGUGAGGAGGCUGUUUUCCGGAGCCACCAUGGCCUCGAGCAGAGGAGCUCUGGUCACCGUCGGGCAGCUGGCCUGCUAUGACCAGGCCAAGCAGCUGGUCCUAGGCACUGGUAUCCUAGGAGACAACAUCCUCACCCAUUUCCUUUCCAGCUUCAUCGCUGGUGGCUGUGCUACAUUCCUCUGUCAGCCACUGGACGUGAUGAAGACCAGGCUGAUGAACUCUAAAGGAGAAUAUUCGGGGGUGAUUCAUUGCUUGAAGGACACAGCCAAACUGGGACCAUUAGGAUUUUAUAAGGGUUUGGUUCCGGCCGGAAUUCGGCUGAUCCCUCACACAGUGCUCACCUUCCUCUUCCUGGAGCAGCUCAAGAAGUACUUCGGCAUCGUCGUGGUUACUUGAGCCUGGGAGCUGCUGCUGUGAACUCUGGGAACACUAAUGGACACACACACACACACACACACACAUUAGGGCACACAUAGUAACAUAGUAAUAGUUAUAAUUGGGGGGAAAAAUGGAAAUGAUGUGUAAUGUAACACCCCUUUGCCUCUGAAUAUCAAGAUAAGUGCUAACACACACAAACACACACACACACACACCUUGCGUUAACAGCCAUUGUACAUCUUUGCCAUCAUACACCUGUGCCAUGUAAACUCUCACACACACACACACACACACACACUAAAGACAACACAGAGGAUAAUACCGCCUCCACAGACACACAGUGUGUCUGAGUGAAGCCUCUUUACCGUUGUGGUGUUUACAUCUACCGAAGUGUAUCAUCUCACUGCUUCUACAAUAUCUUUGUUUUCAGUAUCAUGUUUUUCCAUUAUGAGACUCAAUCAUCAACACAGACAUCACCCUUACUGCAUAAAGUGAAGUAUGGCUUAUGAGACUUAAAGGAAUAUGCCAACUUUUGGAAAAUAAGCUUAUUUGCUAUCUACCCCAGAGUUUGAUAAGAUAAUACAUAUUCUUCUCUUCUCUGUGCUUGCAAUGACCAUGUUUGACACUGUUACUGUAGCUUAACUGUUAGCUUAGCUUAACUUAACCUAACUCACUGGAAGUGGGUUAAACCAGUUAGCCUAUAGCCACCCACUUAUACUGUAUGAAGUCAAGUUGUACCUAUGAGACUCAAUAAUUAGUGAGUCACCCAAGCGGCACCUUAUGCCAGACCCUUCCUGGUCUUGUUCAGACACAGUUGCUUAAUGAAUGCAGAGGAACACAUAGGUUCACACAUGUACCCAAUGCACAGACAAACAUACAGACAACAUGCGUACACACAUAGAAGAGGUUGAAAAUAACUGGAAUACGGGGAUACAUACAAACACUUUGCAUCUCCAUUUUCGCCAAAUCAACACAUACAAACACACGCACACACACACACAUAAUCACACACACUCACAAUCACACACACUCACACUCAGCCACUUUUAUAAUCAACUAUUGUUGUCUCAAUAAUUGCCCAAGACCCGCCAAGAAUAGUAUUCACCUGCCGUGCCAAUAUGGAGCUCUACCAUUGUGCAAUUCACUUCCUUCAUUUCAGUUUUGUUCAUGUGCCAUUGAAAGGGAAAAUAGCCAACAAUGUUAUCCAGCUUCAAAGAGAGCAGUUCCAGUGUUUGUCUCUGUUUUAAGGACACUCCGUAGUAUCCUUACUUCCAUAACUAGGAUCCUUACUUAGCGUACUACCAGGACUAAAGGGGAUGAAAACGCAUACUUACCUAAGAAAGACUGCCUUACUUCUAACGGGUAUGUGUGUUGAUAACAGUUUAUAACGCUACGUAUGGUUUAUAGCGCUACGUAUCGUGUGAAUGGUUUAUAACGCUACGUAUCUUGUGUACGUUGAUACUAAUCAUGAAUGGUCAGUUUAUAAUGCUACGUAUUGUGUGUACGCUGAUACCCAUCGAGGAUGGUCAGUUUAUAAUGCUACGUAUCGUGUGUACACUGAUACCCAUCGUGGAUGGUCAGUUUAUAAUGCUACGUAUCGUGUGUACGUUGAUACCAAUCAUGAAUGGUCAGUUUAUAAUGCUACGUAUUGUGUGUACGCUGAUACCCAUCGAGGAUGGUCAGUUUAUAAUGCUACGUAUCGUGUGUACGCUGAUACCCAUCGUGGAUGGUCAGUUUAUAAUGCUACGUAUCGUGUGUACGCUGAUACCCAUUGAGGAUGGUCAGUUUAUAAUGCUACGUAUCGUGUGUACGUUUAUACACAUCGUGGGAUGUGGUUGCUGCUGAUAGGAGAGAGAUAGGAGAGACGGAAUGCUGUAUGGUGUGGAUGCUGUUUUGUUUGUGACGUUUUAAACCCUGGAGGGCAAUGUGAUCUGAUGAAUGUUAUAUACUGGUAGGUCUGGUGCUCUGUUUCAUUCGUCAAACAAAUAUAACUCUCAAACUCACUCACAUGCACACACACACACUUCGGCAGAACACAGACAAAAUGUGUUUGGUUGGGUGUAAUGCCAAAUGAUAUUAUGGAAGUUAGAUACUUCUCAAAGUGCAUACCACAAAGAAGCCAAACACAUACACACACACUAUGCCAUUCUCAGUCUUUGAUUUCAAAACACUGUCAGCAUUUCCCAGGUGGGACAUUCAGUAUUGGUCACAGCAGUCGGAGUCCCUUAUUCACUUCUACACACACACACACAUGUUUUAUAAUUUAUAACUUCAGAUUUGCUCUGCAUCACGGGCAUGCAUAUCACAUCAACGUGCACCCAUCCCAGACAAACGAUACCAUAGAGUUUCACAGAGCUAUGAUGUUCUAUAAUAAUAAUGAUGUAGUGUUUUUAGAAAAUUGCAUUGUGGGAUUGCACUUUGCAAUCUUCACAACCCGCUUGUAGUGUCAAGCGGCACUUUGACAGUGUUUAGAGAGAUUUUUUUUUAAAUUUGCACUAAUUGACCUUUAAAGACACGAUGCUACUGUUUUAUUUUGUUUAUCUCCUUGGAUGCAUUCGGAUGGAUUGUUGGAAGAUGUUAUGCCUUACCUACAUGUUGCCUCUAGGGGGCAGUGUAACACAGUUAUCUAAUGGCUUGGUGGUGCCGAGAGCUCUUUGAGGAGGGUGCACGAGUGCAUUUGUGUGUGUGUGUAUAUGUGUACACAAGUGCAUUUGUGUGUGUGUGUGUGUGUGUGCACGAGUGCAUUUGUGUGUGUGUGUGUGUGUGUGUGUGUGAAAUAGAGAUUGAGAGAGAGAGAGUGCCUCUUGAAUGACUUCACCUGAGGUGGUGUGGGUAGUCUACAUCCUGCCUGAGUUAUGAGCUAUAAUACCCAUGAGGUCUGCAUGCAGAUUUCUUCUCUUUAAUAUAUACCACGACAUAGAGGCCAUUCCCUGUGGGCUGCGGCCCGUAGAAAGAUGGGAGAUAUUUAGACACACAUCAUCAAAACAUGCAAUUUAUUUCAAGAUUUUCCAUCUAUGCUGGAAUUGUGCAUUGUAAAAAACAAUCUUCCCAUCCUGUGCAAAUCAGUCCAUAUAGGGUAUACAGCUGCUCUUGUCACAGAAAGAGAUUGAAAAUAUAUAAUGCAAUCCAAACUGGAAGUUUUUAAUUCUGUAUGAAAUGUCAUGUAUUAUUAUUUUUUUAUUUUUUAUUUUUUGUCUGAAAUGGCUAAUACCCUAUGUUGUAGAUUUAUUUUGGAAUUAAACUACUAAUGAGUCAGAA